AUGUCCGAAACCGAAAAACACGUGAGCAAGCGCGGGUGUCUUAAGUCGAAGCGCUCUCGUUUCAUCUUGGCCAUUGUUGUUCUCAUUGUCAUUAUUGCUGCCGUUGUUCCCUCCGUUGUCGUCACCACGCGCAAAAAGAACAGCAUGGGUCCGAAAGCGAAAGUCUUCGUUCCACUUUAUGUGUACCCUGCUCCUGAGGCUUGGACGCCGCUGGAAGAAGUGAUAUCUGCCCACCCUGAGGUCAAUUUUACCGUCGUAAUCAAUCCAGGAAAUGGUCCUGGGCCUGACGCCCUCCCGGAUGCCAAUUACACCAUGGCCAUCCCUAAGCUCACAGCUUACGAAAAUGUGCGUCUCCUGGGGUAUGUGUAUACCUCAUACGGCAAACGGGAUGUCUCUGCUGUGCGAAAGGAUAUCCAAACCUAUGCCGACUGGCCCACCAAUUCCUCCAACCCCAACCUAGCAGUUCGCGGAAUCUUCUUCGAUGAAACCCCCCAGCAAUAUGAGGCUCAAACCUUCACGUAUUUGGAAGGACUGACAGACUUUGUCAAAGAUCUUGAAGGCCUUGGUCCUGAUCCAUUUGUUGUCCAUAACCCGGGCGCUGUCCCGGAUUCUCGGUACUUGGCAACGGCUGAUUCCACCGUUGUGUUCGAAGCUGCCUACACCACUUUCCAGGAACGGCAGGGCGCCAAGUUGUUUACAAGUAUUGCCGAUAGUGAUCGCAGCCAACUUUGCGCUAUUGUUCACUCCGUGCCUGAAGCUAUCGAGGGCAAAUCGCUCCGCAGCCUCGUCAAGGAGGUGCGCAAGGUUGCUGAUGAGGUGUACAUCACCCAUCUCGACACAGACUAUUAUGCCUCCUUCGGGUCUAAAUGGACUGAGUUUGUUGAUUUGAUGGCAGCCUGA